CUGCUGUAAAGAACAUAGGUUACUUUAUAAAAGAACUUUUUGUGGGGGUUUUAAAUAGACACACAUGCUCUCUUUUAAAAAAAAGGAACCAAAGCUAAAGUAUCUGCUAAAAGCACGCUUUGCUUUUGGGAUAGUACAACCAUAUUGGGUCUCAAAACAAGAUACUUCUUGCACCUUUUCCUUUAGGAAUAUUGCUUUGCUGAUCAGGGAUUUGGGUUUUUGUAGGGAGAACUGUACUACAUGUUCUCUGAAAGCUAUGUGCUUUUUAAGAAACUGUAUUUCCAGAAAACAAAAAAACAACUUCUCCUGUGCUGUCGUACUAUUCUAACUCUCUUCUACCUUGCUGCGAGAAAUAUUAUUGCAGGAUGAACUAUUGGGGAGAAUCAAAUGUUAUGAUUCGGUACACAUGCUUAAUGAAGUCGUGUAAAGUUGCAGACAUAGUACUUGUGGCAAUGCUAAACAGAGACAGGGUCCAAAGAGUCCCAAAACUAGGUCUAUGGCUCCCAGAUGUCAUUGGAUUUGAGUUUUCCAAACAGUCCCCCACUGCAUUUGCUUUGCAUGGUAGGAGAAGGUCCCAAGUUCAUUCCUCAGCAUCGCCAGGUAGGGCUGGAAAAGCCCUCUGCUUAAAACCCUGGAGAACCACUGCUGCCCAUUAGAGACAAUACUGAGCUAGAUGUACCAAUGGUCUGAGCUGGUAUAAGGCAGCUUCCUAUGUCCCCCACAUUCCACCUGUUUUAACUGUGUGGGGGUUUGCUGGCAAAGUAAGUCGCUCAGUCAGAGCUCUCCCAGAUUCUGCAACUCUGGCCUCUUUUGCCCUAUCGUGCCCCUGUGAGCUUCCUUUGGAUUUUGUUCUAAUCAGGCAACCAGCCUCCCACAUCUCUUGCUAGGCCUUACAAAGUUCUCUCCUCGAGACUUUGAGAGUGAUGGCAUUGCAUAAGUAACUUUCUUCAGUGGAGCAUUGCUUCUUCUUUUUUAAAAAGUUAAGUCAUCCAUCUUGCACUGUGGUUUUUUACAUUCAUGUCCUUCCCAGAAUGUGUAAUAAAUUUUUAGCUUAUAUAAAGUGAGCAAAGGUAUUAGAAGAUUAAGUUUUAUGGUUUUAACUUGUAACCGUUGUGAGCACACUGCUUGCUGGGAUAUUGAGGAAAUGAGGAAGUAGUUUAAGCCUCAAAAAAGACGGAAAUUGAGGGAGAGAAAACAUAUAAAGAAUGCACAACCAAGGGAACAAACCAGGAAGCCACCAUUAACUAGAGCUUCCCAUCACCCGCAAACGCGUAAGUGUAAGGAAGUUGGGUUUCAAAACCUGGCUUGUUUGGAAGCCAUAAACCAUAGUUACCAAUUGACACAUAAUAGGAAACAUUGCAACUUCUUAGUUUGUUUUCCCUGCUUGCACAAAGGGAGGAGCCAAAGAGGUUUUGUACGAGUCGAUAAAAGCUAAUGCAUUGUCCAAAUGCAACCAGAAUGUACAAGUUUGAAACCUCCAAAAACUGUUACUGUACUCCCGAGGAUUGUUGAUUGACCUCCUAAUUAAGUCAAAUGUUAGUCGCUAUGCCGAGUUCAAAAAUGUCACCCGGAUCCUUGCAUUUCGAGAAGGCAGAGUGGAACAGGUUCCAUGUUCUAGAGCGGACGUCUUCAACAGCAAACAGUUGACCAUGGUGGAAAAAAGAAUGCUGAUGAAAUUUCUUACAUUUUGUCUGGAUUAUGAGCAGCACCCUGAUGAAUAUCAAGGUCAGAAGGACUGUAAAUUCUCAGACUACUUAAAAACCCAGAAGUUGACUCCCAAUCUGCAGCAUUUCAUCUUGCAUUCCAUUGCGAUGGUCUCGGAGGCUGACUGCUACACCAUAGAUGGCCUGAAGGCGACCCAGAAGUUCCUCCAGUGCCUUGGGCGUUACGGAAACACUCCCUUCUUGUUUCCUUUGUAUGGCCAAGGAGAGAUCCCACAGUGCUUUUGCCGGAUGUGUGCUGUAUUUGGUGGUGUCUAUUGUCUCCGCCAUCCUGUGCAGUGCCUUGUGGUGGACAAAGAAACUAGAAGGUGCAAGGCAGUCAUUGAUCAUUUUGGUCAAAGAAUAAGUGCCAGCUAUUUUGUUGUGGAAGAUAGUUACUUUUCAGAGGAAACCUGUGCAAAUGUGUCCUACAGGCAGAUCUCCAGAGCGGUUCUCAUUACUGAUCGGUCGAUUUUGAAGGCAAGCUCAGAUCAGCAGAUUUCCAUUUUGACUGUCCCACCUAUGGAGCCAGGUCAGCCUGCUGUCUGCCUCAUAGAACUGUGUUCUUCAACCAUGACAUGCAUGAAAAAUACAUAUUUGGUGCAUUUAACUUGUUCGUCCAUUAAAACUGCUAAAGAAGAUUUGGAGCCUGUUGUGAGCCAGUUGUUCAGUGAAAGUACAGAAACAGAAAGUGAAGGCGCAGGAGAAGGGCAAAAGCCUCAGAUUCUCUGGUCGGUAUAUUUCAACAUGAGAGACUCAUCUGGUGUAGACAGGACAUCCUAUGCCAAUUUGCCUCCCAACAUCUAUGUUUGUUCUGGGCCAGACAACGCAUUGGGAAAUGACUGUGCUGUCAAACAGGCCGAGGCCAUUUUUCAAGAGAUGUUUCCCAGUGAGGAAUUCUGCCCACCACCCCCAAAUCCAGAAGAUAUCAUCUACGAUGGAGAUGGGACUCAGCCAGAGGAUCCUGGGUUUGGUAAUCCAUCUGAGGCCAAUCCAGAGACUUUGCCUGAGAAAAGCACUGAAGAGAAUGAAAGACCCUCUGAAGAGUGAAUGGAUGGCAAGGCCAAGACUGAACUCAUUUCACCAUGGUGUCUGGGGAAGCUUGACCCAGUCCAAAGUGCAACCAACCAACCAGUUUGUCAUACACAAAAUGUAACCCCAGCAAUUGAGAUACACAAGGGGAUAUAUAUUAUUUUUAUUUUCAAUUUUUAUUUGAGGAAUAGCAAGUUAUGUAUAAUGAUUAAGGGAAACAAUAUGCAAAUGAUUGGAAGUCAAAUUUAAAGGGUUGUGUUUUCUUUUUUCUUUUUUUGGUAGGUAUGUUUGUAUUUGUACUUCAUGAUUUGUGUUUUUGGUUUGUUCGUAGGCCUAUAUGUUUGUAUUUUAAAAUGUAAAUAAACAUUGUUUUAAAUUUUUCUUUAAAAAAAUGUAACCCCAGCAAUCCUAGCGGGAUUUUACAGAGUUGCUUAAUAGCUUGAUUUGAGUUGGAACAGGAGAGUCUUGUCCAAAGCCAUCUCCUGAAACAUAACUCCAUUAUUGACUCAUUUUUCCUGGAAAUACAGUUUUAUCAGUUUGUAAAUAAAGCAUUCCCUCAUUCCACAGAAUUGCAGUUUGCCAAAGUCAGCAGCAGCACAACAUAUGGAACUCAGUUUGCUCUACAGGAAGUGUGGGGAAUAAUUCCAUUAACUGGAAACAGCUCUUGG